UGGCUGCGGUAGAGAGACGCGCCUUCGAACCCCUUCCCUGAGAUCAGGAUGGCAGGUAUAAAAGGGUCUGCGACCCAAAGGGAGGCACGCUUCUGUCUACAGAACUAUAGCAACCAUGUACAAGCUGAUCCUCCUGUCCGCCCUCGUGGCCGUCGCCUCCGCUGGAUUGUUGCACACUGCCCCCGUCGUGGUGCCCGCCGCCGUGAGCCACGCCACCGUGGUGAGGACCCACUCCGCCAUCGUGCACCCCUCCCCCAUCGUCAAGGCCGUGCCCGUCGUGCACGCUGCCCCCGUUGUUCACGCUGCCCCCGUCGUCAGGGCUGUCCCCGUUGUGCACGCUGCCCCCGUCGUCCACGCCGUCCGCACCCACGUGCCCGUGAUCCGCACCCACGCCGUCCCCCUCGUGCACCACGCCCCCGUUGUGCACCAUUCCCCCAUCGUGCACACCGGUGUCGCCUACGCCGCCCACGCUCCCGUCGUCCGCGUCCUCUAAGAACUUUUCACACUGCCCCCUGUGCUGACUGAGUGAUAAUUUAUUUUGUAUAUUGAAUGAAAAUCCACCCUUUUGCACCCCUACAACGAAUACACACACUCACUGCGUAUAGUUCCAUCCUUUGAAUCUCAAGUGUUGCGCAACCAAGUGCAACGCUGCACGCUGAUGCUCAAACUGUGAAUAAACCAAAUUUUCACUGACCAACAAA